AUGGGUCAAGAGCUGUGUACAAAGACUCUCCAGCCUGGAGGUAGCUGCCAUCGCUGUUGGGAGGGAGGCGAUGUGCACAGCUGCCAGAGGACAGCGCCUGUGCCCGAGCCCGCGGAGGCUGCGACCGAGCUGACAGACCUAAAAGAAGCAUCAUGUUCCAUGACUUCAUUUCACCCCAGGGGACUUCGGGCUGUCCGUGCCCGGAAGUUCAAGAGUAAAAGGCCACGGAGUAACAGUGAUUCUUUUCAGGAAGAGGAUCUGAGGCAGGGUUUUCAGUGGAGGAAGAGCCUCCCUUUUGGGGUAGCAUCAUCUUACCUGAACUUGGAGAAGCUGGGUGAAGGUUCUUACGCUACAGUUUACAAGGGGAUUAGCAGGAUAAAUGGACAACUAGUGGCUCUAAAAGUCAUCAGUAUGAAUGCGGAGGAAGGAGUCCCGUUUACAGCUAUUCGGGAGGCUUCUCUCUUGAAGGGUUUGAAACAUGCCAAUAUUGUGCUCCUACAUGACAUCAUCCACACGAGAGAGACUCUGACAUUCGUUUUUGAAUACAUGCACACAGACCUGGCCCAGUACAUGUCUCAGCACCCAGGAGGGCUUCAUCCUCACAAUGUCAGGCUUUUCAUGUUUCAACUUUUGCGGGGCCUGGCGUACAUCCACCACCAACACGUUCUUCACAGGGACCUGAAACCUCAGAACUUACUCAUCAGUCACCUGGGAGAGCUCAAACUGGCUGAUUUUGGUCUUGCUCGGGCAAAGUCCAUUCCCAGCCAGACAUACUCUUCAGAAGUUGUGACCCUCUGGUACCGGCCUCCUGAUGCCUUGCUGGGAGCCACUGAAUAUUCCUCUGAACUGGACAUAUGGGGUGCAGGCUGCAUCUUUAUUGAAAUGUUCCAGGGUGAACCUUUGUUUCCUGGGGUUUCCAGCAUCCUCGAACAGCUGGAGAAGAUCUGGGAGGUGUUGGGAGUCCCCACAGAGGAUACCUGGCCUGGAGUUUCCAAACUACCUAACUACAAUCCAGAAUGGUUCCCACUGCCGAAGCCUCGACGCCUUCAGAUUGUCUGGGACAGGUUGGGCAGGGUUCCAGAAGCUGAGGACCUGGCCUCCCAAAUGCUGAGAGGCUUUCCUAGAGACCGCGUCUCGGCCCAGGAGGCCCUGGUUCAUGAGUAUUUCAGUUCCCUGCCAUCUCAGCUGCACCGGCUUCCCGAUGAGGAGUCUUUGUUUACAGUUUCGGGAGUGAGGCUAAAGCCAGAAAUGUGUGACCUUUUGGUCUCCUACCGGAAAGGUCACCACCCAGCCCAGUUUAGCAAAUGCUGGUGA